AUGCGGCCAAUCGAGCUGAAUGAAGCUCUGAACAAGAUACGCUUCAAGAACAGCUCUAUUUGCGACUGCUGGUUGCUUGGCAACACGGAAAUUAUUUGUCAGAAGAAGGAGAAAACGCCUGUUACAAAGCCCUGCACGGUCGUUCUCGUCGAUGUACUAAAAGCAUGCGGUCAUUGUAAUGCAUGUAAGUCCGUGUGGAAGUGUGUGUCGAAUUUCAGUUACAUGAAACGUGGCGGCCGUUGUUCAUCUGGAGAUGCUCUCUGCGUCUUUGACACAUCAGCAGAAGAGUCUGAUGACGAGCCGGAAUUGCUACACGCGACAGAGGCGUUUGAUAAAAAAAGUAUGGCUCCUCGAAAUGCAGACAUUUCGAAACAUUUUGAACUGCGCAGCAAGAAGGAUGGCGUGCGGAACGGGUAUCGAUUGUCUGUAUCGAAGCCUCAAGUAUCCCUAAUCAAGAAUUCAAUGACAAACGGUUAUUCAACCUCCAACAACAUUGUUGCAGGACUGGAUUCGAGUGACGAAAGUAUGGACGAUGACGACAUUGCGGAUCUGAUAAACAGAUCAACUGACAAGAAACAAUUUUCCUGUCUGAGACCAGUGGCUUCAAAUUCACAGAAGUGCGUCAACACUCUGUCCAGGAUAAAAAUUCGUCCCCUGGAGAUUAAGCUGAAUGAUAUAAUGUUAUGCAAAUCCGCAGAGCACUCUUCUGAUGCCUCUGAUAUCACAAACGGCAUAUAUACAAAAUCGCAGUGCUUAAGAAGCAGAACCAUCGCCGUUCGAAACGAGAUCGACAAUAACCAGAACCAGUCGAAGUCGAAACGUAACCGAGGUAAGAAUAACGUGACGUCUGUCACAGAGUUCAAGAACCAGCGAUUCACAUGCAUACGGGCGAAAAGUGACAGCGACAACGAGGACAAAGAUGACAAGAACGAGACGAAAAAGUUCAAGGGCAAGAACUCGAGACUCACCGACAUCGAUCAUAUUCGCCAGCGGUUGCAGGCGUCCUCCAUUCCUGAUCAGCUUCCCUGCCGUGAGAAGGAGUUCAAUGUCGUAUGCAGUUUUAUCAUCAACGGCGUAUCCAGCGGACUGAGUAGGUGCGUCAAGAAUUUCUUUUUAAUGAAGCGUUCUUUUGAGAAAGUUCACACCAGUGAUUCAGUGCAUUGAGA